AACAAUUACCAAUUACAUUUUUUUGUGAACAAAAAAAAAUCCCUUUAAAUCAACAAAAAUGAUGAACUUCAUGGUUUCCCUUAUCUUAGCAAUUGUUGCUCUCUGUUUGUACAUUGGUGUCCCAAUGGUUGAGGCCGGUUUCCUCGGUGGUUACGGUAACAGAGGCUACGGCGGUGGAUACGGCGGCGGAUACGGUAGUGGAUACGGAGGUUACAACCGAGGAUAUGGCGGUGGAUACGGAGGAUACAACCGUGGAUACGGUGGAUAUGGAUAUGGCCGUUAAAAUGUUCCGACAUUUCAAUGAGGUUUAUCAUCAAUUAUUGUUAUUCAUUGAUAAUUCCUAAUCACAUUUCUUUAUUAACAUGGAUUCUGUGAUAAUGGUUAUCUUGAUUUGAAUUUUUCUCACUCAAAUCAAACAUUUUACCAUCAUGAUAAUCACCAUAUAUUAUCAACUGAUAUAAUGAUUUUUAAUGAUAUUCAAUAGCAACUUUAUCAACUACUAUCAUCAAAUAUUAAUCAAAUAUUAAUAAGUGUAAUUUUUUUUACUUCACUUUGUAUUUUACUGAGGGAAGAUUAUAUCAAAUUCAAUUAAAGUUCUUGAGUGCAUAUUA